AUGUCCGAAGAAAACAAUAUGCUACACCGGGAAAAUGUAGAAGGGGAUGCCGCCAUCGAACAGCUUCAAGGCGCAGCUGCCCCAGAACCACUGAUUGACUGUCAGCAGGCAAACAACAGGCAAGAACCUUUUCAAACACCAGAUACUCGGUCACGAAUAUCAAAAAGAUCUAGUGAAUCAACCUCUACAGCAGCUGCUAGAGCACGUGCCAAAGCAAAGGCUGCUCAGGCUCAGCUUGUGUUUGCCGAAAAAGAAGCAAGCCUGAUGAGAAAGAAAGCUGCACUUUGUGGUGAACUCGAAGCCAGUCUCCAUGUUCUCAAGAUACAGAGGGAUGCCGCUGCUGCCGAGGCUGAGGCUGCAGCCUAUGAGGAAGAACAAGAGAUUGAAAGUGAGGAGAGGAGCUACAAACCAUAUGUACCAGGAAAUCCACUCAGUGCUUUUGAACGUGCAAAUAACUAUGUCCAGCAACACUCAGCAUUCUUUGGCAGACAACCAUCACCACCACCGGUAAAUAUGCCGCUACACUCAUUCAGUGUACCCAGCUAUCCAGCCCCACUGCACAGACCUACUGUAAUAAAGAAAGAAGAGAAAAGUGAUCCAUCUCCAGUCAAACAUUAUCUAAUGCCACCUCACCAGCCUCCCCGGGUCUUCCAGGAACCGCAACAAGCACAAGACCUCGCCAGGUACCUUAUGCGGAGAGAGAUUGUGAGCUCCGGCCUUUUACAAUUCGAUGACCGCCCUGAGCACUACCGGUCAUGGAAAGCGUCCUUCCUGAGUGCCACCCAGGACCUCAACCUGUCAUCCAGAGAAGAACUGGAUCUGCUGGUAAAGUGGCUCGGCACUGACUCUGCUGAACAGGCAAGGCGGCUUCGCUCUGUACAUGUCCUGGAUCCUGCUGCAGGCCUCCGUAUGGUCUGGCAACGCAUGGAAGACUGCUAUGGAACACCAGAAGCUAUGGAGCAUGCAUUGCUUAAAAAGAUAGAAGAAUUUCCAAGGCUAACAAACAAGGACAAUGUCAAACUCAGGGAACUAGGGGAUCUCCUCCUUGAACUGGAGUGUGCCAAAGAUGAGGGAUACUUACCUGGCCUCGCCUUCUUGGACACAGCUCGUGGGGUAAACCCUAUCGCAGAGAAGCUACCCCAUAGCCUACAGGAGAAGUGGAUAACCAUGGGCUCCAAGUACAAAACAGAUCAUGGAGUAGCCUUCCCUCCAUUCUCUCUCUUCUCACAGUUCAUCCGGCAACAAGCUAAGGUGAGAAAUGACCCCAGCUUUGCCUUCACCCCUAGCAGCUUUACAUCACAGAAUCCAGAGAAAUUUGUUAAGCCCAAAUACAGAGCCUCUGUGAGUGUGCACAAAACAGACGUCGCACCCAAAUUCACCGACAGCAACUCCAGCACUGCUGAGAAGAAAAUGAGUGAACCAGACCGUGAGUGUCCCAUACAUAGAAAGCCUCACCCACUCAAAAAGUGUAGAGUCUUCCGUAUUAAGCCCAUAGAAGAACGCAGGGCCUAUCUGAAAGACAACCGCAUCUGCUACAAGUGCUGUGGUUCUACUCAACAUAUGGCAAAAGACUGCAAAGUGCCAAUUAAAUGUGCGGAGUGCAACAGCGAAAGACACAUCGCAGCACUACAUCCAGGCCCUCCCACACCCAAAGAUGGUGCUGUCACAGAGAAGGAGGAAAGCGGGGAGUUGGACGAAGACAUGCCGACAGUCACAGCCAGUUGCACAGAGGUUUGUGGAAAUUCAGAUAUCCCACGCUCAUGUGCCAAGAUCUGCCCAAUCAGAGUUUACCCAGCUGGGAAGAAAGAGAAAGCUGUCAAGAUAUAUGCAGUACUGGACGAACAGAGUAACAAGUCACUCGCAAAGAAAGGAUUCUUCAAACUCUUUGAUGUAAAAGCCAGUUCAGCCCCAUACACACUGAAGACCUGUGCGGGGACAAUGCACACUUCUGGCCGACGAGUAAGCAACUUCAUGCUUGAGUCUUUAGAUGGGAAAUUGCAGCUACCCCUACCCACACUGAUCGAGUGUGACAUGAUACCGGAUGAUAGAGCUGAAAUCCCAUAUCCUGAGGUAGCACAACACCAUCCCCACCUACAGUCAGUUGCAAACAAGAUUCCACCUGUGGACCCUGAUGCUCCCAUCCUAAUUCUCCUAGGAAGAGACAUCCUGCAAGUCCAUAAGGUGCGUGAACAAAUCAAUGGGCCACACAACUCUCCUUAUGCGCAGCGGCUUGACCUAGGCUGGGUCAUUGUGGGAGAAGCAUGCCUCGGAGCAGUUCACAAGCCAGUUGAAGUCAACGUUUACAAAGCCAAUGUGCUGCAGAAUGGCCGAACAUCAUUUCUCUGUCCAUGUCCAAACAAUAUUCAAGUAAAGGAGGGCUACAGUGGUACACCACAGCACCACCAUGCAUUCUUCCCCCAUCAGGAUGAAGCAAAUCUGGUCAAGAGGACAGAUGAUUUAAACCACUCUCUAUUCGAGAGCUCCAAAGACGACAACAAACCAGCAUUGUCAAUAGACGACAGAGCUUUCCUGACUAUCAUGGAGAAAGAGGUCUAUCAGGACACCGAUCACAGCUGGGUAGCACCCCUACCCUUCCGGACAUCACGGCAAUCCCUCCCAAGCAAUCGGGAACAGGCUGUAAAGCGUCUCAGCUCACUCAAGAAGACUCUGGAGAAAAAGCAAGAGACCAAAAGACACUAUGCGGAGUUUUUGCAAAAAAUGCUGGAUAAUGACCAGGCUGAGCAUGCGCCUCCACUAGAGCCAGGUAAAGAGCACUGGUACCUCCCCACAUUCGGUGUUUAUCACCCAAAGAAGCCAGAUCAAAUAAGAGUAGUGUUCGACUCAAGCGCUACAUGUGAUGGUGUAUCCCUGAAUGAUGUACUUCUUAGCGGCCCAGACUUGAAUAAUACACUGCUAGGAGUACUCCUAAGGUUCAGGAAAGAGCCUGUAGCUGUUACAGCUGAUGUGCAGCAAAUGUUUUAUUGCUUUGUGGUCAGAAAGGAUCAUAGAGACUACCUGCGCUUCCUCUGGUACGAGGACAGUGACUUUGCCAAAAACAUAGUGGAAUACAGGAUGAAAGUCCAUGUAUUUGGAAAUACACCAUCACCUGCAAUCGCCAUAUACUGUAUGAGACGGGCCGCCAAAAAAGGUGAAGCAGAAUAUGGCUCUGAUGCAAGACAGUUCGUGGAGCGUCAGUUUUAUGUAGACGAUGCGUUGACCUCUGUGACCUCUCCAGAGCAAGCCAUAGACCUCCUGACACGAACCAGAGAAAUGCUGGCCGAAUCCAACUUGCUGCUACAUAAGAUAGCAUCAAACAGUGAACAAGUGAUGGAGGCUUUCCCCGAGGACGAUCGAUCCAAAGACCUGAAAGACCUGGAUCUCGGCUCAGAUCCUCUGCCCCUUCAGAGAAGCCUGGGCCUUUCCUGGAAUCUGGAAACAGACAGCUUUACGUUCCAGGUGUCCCGGGAAGUGAAGCCAUACACCCGUAGAGGUAUCUUAUCCACUGUUAACAGCUUAUAUGACCCUCUCGGGUUUAUUGCUCCAGUCAUACUACAAGGGAAAGCAUUAGUGCGAGAACUCUCUACAGAGCAGGGGUGGGACACACCACUUAACUCGGAAAAAGAACCAAAAUGGAAAAUGUGGAGAGAAUCACUAAAUGCUCUGGAAGACCUGCAAAUAAAGAGAUGCUACAUCCCCAUGCCACUGUCUUCCACACAGAGAAAAGAACUCUGCAUUUUCUGCGAUGCAUCUACAACAGCGAUAGGGGCUGUUGCCUACCUGAGAACAAUUGAUGCCAAUGGCAACCCACACGUAGGGUUUGUUAUGGGAAAGUCCAAGCUGGCCCCCCGGCCUGCCCAUACUAUCCCCCGCCUUGAACUUUGCGCAGCUGUAUUGGCAGUUCAGAUGUAUGAGCUGAUCAGGGAUGAAAUGGACAUGCAUGUGGAUACAGUCAGGUUUUUCACUGACAGCAAAAUUGUUCUGGGGUACAUUCAUAAUUCAUCCAGACGAUUUUACGUGUAUGUAUCCAAUAGGGUGACCCGCAUCAGACGAUCCACAAACCCGGACCAGUGGACGUACAUCCACACCGACCACAACUCUGCAGACCAUGCAACCAGAUUUAUGUUAGCAGAGCAGCUUCAGCAGAGUAGUUGGCUCUCCGGUCCCAGUUUCCUAUCACGCAACAACCCAGAGGAAAUUCCAAAGCCUCACACCUUCACCCUGGUGGAGCCAGACACAGAUGCUGAGGUUCGGCCUGAAGUCACCGCCUUGGCUACCAGAGCCAUGGAUGCUCAGCUGGGCUCAAAGCGGUUCGAAAGAUUCUCCCAGUGGAAAAAUCUCUGCAAUACAACAGCCAAGCUCAUUCACGUUGCUGCAGCAUUCAAGGGAAGCCCUGCCAGUUCAAAGCACAAAGGGUGGAACUGUUUCAUAGACAGACUCUCCAUAAGCGAACUGUCACAGGCGAAGAGUGUGAUCAUUCGUGCUGUUCAACAGGAUGCUUUCGAAGUGGAAUUGGAAUGCCUGAAAGAAGGCAAAACCCUUCCCAAACAUAGCCCCCUCAAAAAGCUCAACCCAGUGGCCGACAAAGACAACCUGCUGCGGGUCGGAGGUCGUCUGUCAUCAGCACCUGAUCUGUCUAGAGAAGAAAAACAUCCCCUGAUUAUACCACGCACACACCACAUUGCCACACUUCUGGUGAGACACUACCAUGAGCAGAUAGUGCACCAGGGUCGACACAUAACUGAGGGAGCGGUCAGAGCAGCAGGAUACUGGAUUAUUGGUGGAAAGCGGCUGGUGUCCUCUGUCAUUCACAAGUGUGUGACCUGUCGCAAGCUUCGUGGGCGGCUGCAGGAACAGAAGAUGGCAGACCUGCCCACUGACAGACUCACACCCGAGCCUCCAUUCACUCAUGUGGGCCUGGAUGUCUUUGGGCCCUGGGCCAUCAUGACACGGAGGACAAGAGGAGGAAGUGCAGACAGUAAGCGCUGGGCAGUCAUUUUCACCUGCAUGGCCACCAGAGCUGUCCACUUGGAGCUGCUUGAAUCCAUGACAACUGACAGCUUCAUAAACGCUCUAAGAAGAUUUUUUGCAGUACGUGGGCCGGCCAGGCUUCUUCGUUCUGACAGAGGCACUAAUUUUGUUGGAGCCUGUAAAGAGCUGGGCAUUAACAUGGAGGACUCAACCAUAACUGCCUACCUGCAAAGCAAGGGGUGCUCUUGGGUUUUCAACCCACCACAUGCAUCACAUAUGGGGGGUGCAUGGGAAAGGCUUAUUGGCAUUGCAAGGCGCAUCCUAGAUGCGAUGCUGCUUCAGACUGGACACACUCGCCUUACACACGAGGUCUUAAGUACUCUCAUGGCUGAAGUGAUGGCUAUCAUAAAUGCCAGACCCCUGGUGGCCGUGUCCUCUGACCCUGAUAUGCCAACUGUCCUCACGCCUGCGCUGUUGCUUACCCAGAAGAUAAGCACCGUCUCAGCACCUUCAGGAAACUUCCAAAUGGCCGAGCUACAUGGAAAGCAGUGGAAGCAUGUACAAUGCCUAGCAAAUACAUUUUGGAAGAGAUGGAGAAGGGACUACUUGUCCACAUUGCAAGGUCGCCGAAAGUGGACUGAUGAUCAGCCGAAUGUCAAGCCCGGUGAUGUCGUCCUGUUAAAAGACAGCCAGGCCCACAGGAAUGAAUGGCCUGUGGGAGUGAUUGUGAACACCCUGCCAAGCAGUGACAAGAGGAUCCGUAAAGUGGAGGUCAAAAUAGUAAAAGAUGGGACUGUUAGGGUGCUUCUGAGGCCAAUCUCAGAAUUAGUUGUUCUUCUCUCUGAGUAAAGUGAAAAAAAGAUGU